AUGCAGGUUGUUGUAGCCUAUAGUUGCAAUGUUGAUGAUGCUAAAUUCAUCGAUUGCAUCGACACUAGAUCGAAGUUGAUUUUUCUAUCUAAAUCAAAUAAACACUACAACGAGAAGGGAUAUCAAAAUACCGCACUAAGACGACGAACAAAGAAACGUCGCACUUGGAUGACUAAAUCACAAACAAAACGAGAAAAGAAAAAUCAGAUAUAUAAUAAUAAGAAGAAAGUUAAUAGAAAGUAUAUACCAGAUGACAUUUCCAUCUCCAUUCUCUCUAAACUUCCUAUUAAAUCUCUCAAACGCUUCUCUUGCGUUUCCAAAUCUUGGUCUCUUUUCCUUCAAAACCCUAAUUUCAUCAGCAUCUUCCGCAACUAUUUCCUAUCCAAUUCUGAUCCACUCGACGAUGACGACGUCUAUCUCGUCUUUGACUGGGAUGCCGAACAACACGAAAUGAUGUCUUUCCUUUCUGGCGAGAGACUUCAGAAUGUGGAAUAUUUGGCUCCACCAACUGUAUAUGACUAUUACCGUUUUCUUUUUCAUAGUUUAGGUACUGCUAUUAAUGGCAUUGUUUGUAUCUAUAUUAAUGGUGUUCAUGAAAAGGCAGUAUUGUGGAAUCCAACUACUACGGAAACUUAUGUCGUCCCUUCUGGCCUUGCUGAGCUUCGACAGGAUGGCGCCAAUUGCUAUAUUUUUCAUGGAUUUGGUUAUGACCCUGUUGCUGAUGACUACAAGAUCAUUCAGCAUGUGCAUUUUAGUUUAUUUGGUUAUCCUUUCUCAAUUGAACACAAGGAUAACACCUUCUGGGAGAUAUAUAGUCUAAGAACUAACUCGUGGACACAACUCGAUUUUCUUAUGCCAACUCGUCACUUAAGAUCUGUAGGUACCGAGUUGUACUUGAAUGGGAUGUGUCAUUGGUGGGGGAAAACUCCUUAUGAGGCUUAUGUUGUGUCAUUCAACUUGAGUAAUUACGAGUUUUUCAUUACACCCUUAGAUAUGCAUGCUAAUUUUCGUUUUAAUUUGGUGGUGUUAAAUGGAUCACUUGCUAUGAUCUCAAACGUUAAAAACACCACGUUUUAUGUCAUAUCAAUUUUGGGUGAAAUCGGUGUUAAGGAAUCAUGGAUUAGACUAUUCGAAGUUGACGUCAUGUCUUGUGUUAAUAGACCUCUUACAAUCGGAUACAAGGGCAAUCUAUUUUUCUUAAAAAAAGAUGGUAAAGCAGCUUGUUUUGAUUUAACUACCGGAGUGUUUGAAGAUAUUGAUUCUCACAGAGGAGGACUUAUUGGUCAAAUUAUAGUUUACAAGAAAAACCUUCGUCCAAUUGGAGGAAUAAACAAUGAUUAGUCUAGUGAUGGGUCUAGUUAGGAAAUAAUAUUUGUUUGUCUUUACCAGUUUUAUUUUAAUGCUUACUCUCUUUCUAUGGCAUAUUGGACUGGUUUUAUUUCUAUUGUAUAG